AUGGAAAUUCCAGAUCAUCGAAAGUGGAUGUACAAUAGAAAUUUGCCUAACCGAGGAGGAUUACGACAGGAAUUUAUCAAUGGUGUUCGACAAUUUAUUGAUACAGUUACAAAACAACCUCAAUUUGUACUUGAAGGCAGUCUACUUAGAUGUCCUUGCAACAAACAUAAAAAUAAAAUUUUCUCAACUCCGAAUGAAGUUUUACUAGAUUUAUAUAAAUAUGGUUUCAUGCCAAGAUACUGGUGUUGGGAUUCACAUGGAGAGAGUCCAUUGCAUUUGAAUGUAGAUCAUGAUAACCAAGAAGGCACAUGUUCUUCUCCGCAUGUUAGUGUGCUAAUAAGAAAUUCAUAUGAAUCUAUGGUGGUUGAUGCUGCUGGACCAGAAUUAAUGAGUCAAUUUGAAGAACACAUGGAGGAGCCUCCGAAUGCAGAAGCUAAAAAAUUUUAUGAUUUAUUACAGUCUGCUCAGCGCCCAUUAUUUGAGGGAUGUGUUAGUCAUUCAGAAUUAUCAAUGGCAGUUAAAAUGUUGAGUAUAAAAGCUAAAGGGAAUGUAUCUCAACAAAUCUUUGAUGAUUUCGUGAAAGCUAUGAAAGAAGUGAUUCCUAAGGAUAACUUACUUGUCUCCAAUUUUUAUGAAGCAAAGAAGCUAGUAUCGAAACUUGGCAUGGAAAGCAAUAAAAUUGAUUGUUGCAUUAAUGGUUGUAUGCUGUAUUACAAGGAGGAUGAUAUACCAAGAAAGGAAUGUAAAUUUUGUCAUUCUCCAAGGUACAAGAUAGGUAAAAAGGGUAAACAAGUGCCUUUGAAACGAAUGCACUAUUUACCGCUUAUACCUCGUUUAAGAAGACUUUAUGCUUCAAUGAACACAGCAUCUCACAUGCGAUGGCAUUUUGAUCACGAGUUUAAAGGAGUUCUUGAGCAUCCAUCGGAUUCAAAAGCAUGGAAGUAUUUUGAUAGAAAACAUCCACAAUUUUCUCAAGAACCACGCAAUGUCAGACUAGGAUUAUGUGCUGAUGGAUUUACCCCUUUUGGUCAAUCUGGUAAACAAUAUUAA